AGCAGCCCCACGCCCCCGCCGACGAGGUCGCAAAGAAACAAAGAAAGCUACUAGCUCCUGAGAGGCUGAGACUAGUCGAGUAGUCGCCGCUCUGUGGAUGAUGGAGAGGAACAAUAAUGGAGGUUGCUGCUUCGAGCAGCGGCCCAGGUACGGCGGAGGCGGGGGGCAGACACAGACACAAACAGGCCAGCAGCAGGCGUGGCAGGAGAUGGGGAGGAUCAUGCUCAAGUUCCGGCCCAUCGCGCCCAAGCCCGCCGCCAUGGCGGCGCCCGCGCCGGUGCCGGCUGCUGCCAAGGUGAGGAAGCGGAAGGCGGUCGCGGCCGGGAAGAGGGGACGGAAGCCCAAGAAAGCCGCGGCCACUGUGCCGCCCACGACGACGACGCAAAUGGUGGACGCCGUCCACAAGGAUCAGGCGGAGAAAGAGAAAGACAAGUCCUCGUCGUCCCGGUCGUCUUCCUCGUCGGGGAUGACGUCCGUGGACUCGUCGCCUCCUCCGCCGCCAGCGACAACGCUGCCGCUCAUGCCUGUGCCGCCGGUCGAGGUCGCUGCGGCAGCGCCGGUGCCGGAUAUUCUAGGCGUGGGACAUGUUCCCGUGGCCCGCCAGGCGUCGCUGGUCACAGUGGAGGACGUGACCGCCACGUGGCGCGACGGCGGCGAGGGGCCGCCGCCGCCGCCCGCUGCGGGCGUGCUCGUCGACGGUGACGCGGCGGCCCCGGCGUUCGUGUCCGACCGGUGGGGCCGCGUCACGUGGGCCAACGCGGCCUUCGGCCGCGCCGUCUCCGCCGGAGCCGGGGAAGACGACGACGAGGUGCCAAUGGUGGUGCUCGGCGCGAAGGAUGACAAGGCCGUGCCGGCGUGGGGCACGUGCGCGGGGUUCAGCUGCCGCGUGCGCGUGCGGCGCGUCCGGGGCGGCGGCGCUUCUUCUUCGCUGGUGGCGCCCUGCGACGUGUGGCGGCUCGACGCCGCCGGCGGCUACCUCUGGCGGCUAGACCUCCAGGCCACACUCACCCUCUCCCUCGGCGGCCUUCUGUAGCAAGAACCAGCUACGUAUCCAGUCUCGACUCUCGACCAAUCAAAUCGUGUGCUACGUCAGGGCCGGGAGUAUUAAUUAAGCUGUCAUGGCCAGAUUUGGUAUGCUCUGAGUAUUACGAAAUGGAUGGUUUAGGAAGAGAGAGGAAGUCAGGAAGCUGCAAGUGUAAGAAGGAUUUAAGCGGAUUGCUUAUUUGGAUCUGGAAGCUCUGCUCCCAGCAUGCAAGAAGGAAGCAUGCUUUUCUUUUAUUUAUUUUCCUUUUUUAAAGAAAUAAUGACAAACCUCUUGGUCAUCACAAAUGCUUACUCCAAUAAACUCACACCAAUGAGUUGUACUUCCUCGGUCCUGAAUUAACCUCAGUCCUUAAUUUUUUAAAUUAA